AUGAUGAUAGUGGCCUCCUCUCUGCCGCUUGGCCAUUGUGCGCCGAGAAAUGGCCGCGUUGAGUUGCCCCCUCUGCUCGACGCGACGCUUGACGAACUACAAUCAGGCCUCAAUGGCGGGCAUUUCACCAGCGUAGACUUGAUCCGGGCCUAUACCGCCAGAAUAGAGCAGGUCAACCCGCGGCUUCACGCCAUCAACGAGAUCAACCCUGAUGCCGUUUCCAUCGCCGCACAUCAUGACGCCCUGAGACAUUCUGGACAUCUCAUCGGUCCGCUUCAUGGGAUUCCAGUCGUCAUCAAGGAUAACAUUGCCACGGCUGACAAUAUGAACAACACGGCCGGGUCAUACGUCCUCGUUGGCGCCGAGGUCCCUGAGGACAGCACCGUUGCGCGCAAGCUACGCGAGGCUGGAGCCAUUAUUCUUGGCAAGGCCAAUCUGUCGCAGUGGUCUGGUGCCCGCGGAGCCAUUACCCAAGGAUGGUCUGCGUAUGGCGGGCAGUGUAUUGGCGCGUACUUCCCCGAGAUGGAUCCCGAUGGUUCGUCGUCUGGUAGCGGAACCGCGGCCUCUAUUGGUUUGGCCUGGGCAGCUUUAGGCACUGAUACGACUGGUUCCAUUGCAGACCCUUCGAGCAAGCAUAACUUGGUCGGUAUCAAGCCCACCAUGGGACUGACGUCCAGGUAUCUCGUCGUUCCCAUCUCAGAGCAUCAGGAUACCGUUGGACCAAUGGCGCGAACUGUCAAGGAUGCUGCAUACUUGUUAUCGGCCAUUGCUGGAUCCGACAAGAACGACAAUUACACGUCUGCAUCGCCGUUUGGAGAGAAAGCCCCAGACUACGUCGCCGCUUGUAAGGGCAAGGGCCUGCGUGGGAAGCGGGUUGGUGUUCCUCGACACAUGCUGGAGUUGGGGUCAGACAGGCCUUCGGAUUACAUGGUCGAGGUGUUCAACUCUGCGCUGGAAGUCUUGCGAGAGCAGGGCGCCGAAGUUGUAGACGACAUCUUCUUGUCCGGUGCAGCAGACUUGGUCAGUAGGAAAUAUAGCCCCUUUGUCACGGGCCCAGACAUGAUGGCCGACAUACCCCGAUACUUUUCGCAGCUCAAGACAAACCCCAACAACAUCACUACAAUGAUGCAGCUGCGCGAGUUUAUCCAGAAAGAUGUCCGUGAAGAGUAUCCUGAGAAGGGCACCCAGUCUUGGGACAGAGGCAUCAGCAGAGGCUACGAUAACACCUCGCCUGUGUGGUGGGAGAAUUACAGCGCCCAGGCAGAGCUCGCUGGCCCUCGAGGAAUUGCCAGCGCGGUGAAGGAACACUCUCUGGAUGCCAUAGUCCUCCCCACGGAGUAUUUGAGCAUGCUUGCAGCUCCUUUAGGCAAUCCUGUCAUUUCAGUACCGGGUCCGAACCAGCCGUUUGGGUUGGGAUUUACCGGCGCGCGGUUCAGCGAAGAGGUGCUCAUUGAGAUUGCGCAUGCGUUUGAGCAGGCGACGAUGGUGCGCAAGACGAUUGUUCCUUAUAUCCAGCCAGAGACGGAGCUCGAGGACAUUGUGGGGAAGACGGAGCAAACGAACGGAAACUUGGAGUUGUAG